UGUGUGUCCCCGCCAUAUUGUCGUCCUGUGUCUUUGACUGCGGCCCCCAGGUCUCUCUCCUCGGUAUCUCUGUCCCCUCUACUGACAGCAGGAGUCGCAGGAGGUCACCUGGACGCCCGGUGACUGGAAAUGGAGUCAGUGACCUUGGAGGAUGUGGCUGUGAACUUCUCCUUGGAAGAGUGGACUAUGCUGAAUGCAUCCCAAAAGGAGCUCUACAGAGAUGUGAUGCAGGACACCUUGAGGAACCUGUCCUAUAUAGGUGAAGGAAACAAAUGGGAACACCAAAAUAUUGAAAAUGAGUAUGAAAAUCUCUGGAGAAAACUAAGUAGUCAGUUGUUGGAGAGACUCUGUGAAUAUACUGAAGGUCAUCAGUGUGCAGAAAUCUUUAACUGGACUCCAGAGUGUGCUGUGAACAAGAAAUCGUGUCCAGUUCCCCCAUAUGAAAGCCCUGUCUAUGAAGAAGUAGUUAUUGGCCAUUUAUCUGUGAAUGUCUCCCCUCAUCCUCACCCAGGACACAAACCAUUUGACAUUCAGGAAUAUGGAAAAGAAUUAUAUAAACACAGAGAAUCUGGGAACGUCUCCAAUUCUUCCACGCCUUUUCAGAAACAAAAAAGAACUCACACUGAUGAGAAACCUGAAACUAGUCACUGUAAGGAAGAGUCCGGGUGUCUCACAUCCAGUCAAAGUGAUGAAAAGACCUCCAGUGGAGAACAGCGCUAUGGGUGUAAGCAGUGUGGGAAAGAAUUCACUUCUUCCAGCUCUUUUCGAAGGCAUGAAGAGUAUCACAGCCGAGAAAAAUCCUAUGUUUGUAAGCAGUGUGGGAAAGCCUUCCCCUUUCCUAGUUCCCUCCAAAUACAUGAACGAAUUCACACUGGUGAGAAGCCCUAUAUGUGUAAGCAGUGUGGGAAGACCUUUGCCCGUUCCAGUUCCCUUCUGACGCAUGAGAGAAUUCACACCGGAGAAAAGCCCUACGUGUGCAAGCAGUGUGGGAAGGCCUUCACUGAUCGUAGUUCACUUCGAUUCCAUGAAAUGAUGCACAGUGGCGAGAAACCAUAUAAAUGUACGAAAUGCAGUAAGGCUUUUGCUUCCUCAGGCGCCUUCCGAAAACAUGAACGAACUCACACAGGAGAGCAACUCUUCGUGUGUUUGCAAUGUGAGAAAGUUUUUAGCUGUGAAAGUGCUUUUCGAACACACAAAAUAAUUCAUUCUGGAGAAUGUGUAUGUAAGCAAUGUGGCAAAGCCUUCACUAGUCACAGUUCCGUUAAGUACCAUGAAUUGAUGCAUAGUGGAGAGAAACCCUAUGUAUGUAAGCAAUGUGGGAAAACCUUUAGGUCUCCAAAACAAGUUCAGAUUCAUAAGCGAACUCACACUGGAGAAAAACCUUAUGUCUGUAAGGAGUGUGGGAAAGCUUUUACUUUUCUCGGUUCCCUUCAAUACCACGAAUUGAUUCAUACUGGUGAGAAACCCUAUCUGUGUAAACAGUGUGGGAAAGCCUUCAGGUCUUCUCGUCAAGUUCAGAUACACGAACGAACUCACACUGGAGAGAAACCGUAUGUGUGUAAGCAGUGUGGCAAAGCCUUCUUUUCUCUGUAUCAUUUAAGAAGACAUGAGGUAAUUCACAGUGGCACGAACCCCUACGUUUGUAAGCAAUGUGGGAAAGCCUUUAGUUGGUUUAGUACCUUUCACAGUCAUAAACAGACUCACACUGGUGAAAAGCCCUAUUUAUGCAAGCAAUGUGGAAAAGCCUUCUGUAGUCGCAUAUCAUGGAGAAGACAUGAGAAAGCUCACACCACAGUGAAGCCCUAUGCGUGUGUGCAGUGUGGAAAAGCCUUUCGUUCUCCUAGUUAUCUCAAAAUACAUGAAAGGAUCCACACUGGGGAGAAACCCUUUAUAUGUUCUCAGUGUGGGAAACCCUUCCGUUCUUUUCGGUAUGUCAAAUCACAUGAGAGAAGCCACACUGGAGAGAAGCCCUUUGUGUGUUCAGAAUGUGGGAAAGCCUUCAGUUAUUAUAGCUCUUUCCAUAGACACAGAAGGACUCACCAGGCAGUAACCUCGAACACAGAACUAGAAGAGACUCCAUAACACCUGUCAGACUGCGUGUGAAGAAAACUUCUGUAAAGGUUAAGCGAGUGAAACACCUGGUUCUUGGGUAAAGAAAACUUUAGGCCAGACAUGGUGUGGCACAUCCUUAAUCCCAACACUUGAAAGGCAGAGGCAGGGAAUCUCAGAGUUCAGGGCCAACCUGAUCUACAUACUGAGUUUCCAGUCACCGAUGACUACAUAGUGUGACUGUUUCAUAAAGGGAAAAAACAUGUGUGUCUGAAGAGCAAGUCUGACUGGAAGAGAUGGCUUCAUUUGGCACAUGUGCAUAUGCUUCCCCAGUAAAAUCUUUGCUUGGCAAAGCACAGUAAACUCAAGAGUACCGAGUAGUGGCCCAGUCCUUUCACGGGUUUUCGUUUGUUCAUUCCCAUAAACAUCAGCAGUGUGAAGGACUGGAUACAAAUUUUUGUUUAAGAAUGCCUUAGAAAAUGCAAAAUCUGAAGAAACUAUGUAAAUAUAUUGAACUUACUAGAAUUUACUAGGGAUUUGUUUCUGUUUAUCAGAAAUAGUCUUGCCAUGUAACCCAUUAUAAAUCUUGUUUCAACCUCUAGAGUGUGGGGGUGAAAGAUACCUGCUUCCACAUGCCGCAUCAGUCAUUCAUACUUCCCCCACCCCUCUGAUUUCCCCAGACAUGGUUUCUCUGGUUUUUCUCUGAAAAAUCAGGUAGUUUUUUCUUUUACUUUAAGUUAUAUACAUUCACUGGUAGUAUACAUGUUUGCUUUCUCGAGACAUGGUUUUUGUGUUGUACUGGCCAUCCUAGAACUCUAGAUCAGGCUGGUCUCGAACUCAAAAGAGAUCCAGCCGUCUCUGCCACCCUAGUGCUUGGAUUAAAGGUGGGUACCACCACCACCCAGCAUUUUUUUUUUAAGAUUUAUUUAUUUUUUAUUUAUA